UGAAAUGAAAAGGAAUUUUCUAAAAUGUCAAUAUUAUUAAUUGGCCAGAAAAUCGCUCGGGAAACAACUGGUCUAUAGUAUAUGCUUGCAGGAAAAUAUCGACUCAAAUGACGAACUGAAUCAUGCGCUGCCCUGAACUGAAUCGCACUAUUCAAGUAAGAUGACUAAGCAGAUUUUUCUUCAAAGCGAGAAAGCCAGAGGAAAAUUGAGGUUUUGCUGGUUUUACGACGCCGAGACUUGAGAAAUUCUGUUGGAAAACUGUAAAUGGAAAGAAGGCGAUCCAUAAAAAUGGAUCCACUAUCACCUGGCCCUUGUUUGGAUAUCAGUGACGAUGAAUUGGUUACUAUAUCAGUCAGAGAUUUAAACAGGCAAUUGAAACUUCGUGGUUUAUCCAGAGAAGAAAUAAUACGUAUGAAGCAGAGGAGACGUACACUCAAGAAUAGAGGAUACGCUGCUAGCUGCCGUAUAAAGAGAAUCGAGCAGAAGGAUGAACUGGAGUCUGAGAAAACUCAGGAGUACCGUGAUAUGGAAGCUAUGCAGGAAGACAAUAAUCGCAUGAGGGAAGAAAUAGAAUCCUGGCACUCGAAGUAUCAGGCUUUGAAGAAAUUUGCAGCAGAGAAAAAGAUACACAUUCCACCGGAACUAGAAACGAUUUAACGCUGUACAAUUCUGUGUUUCAACAGGAGUGAAAUUAUUAACAAGCAUAACAAACUAGAUCGCUUUCGUCCCGAUAUAUCGAUGAAAAGAUAGACAUAGAAUAAUUUUAAUCUAAAGGAAUGCAAAAUGCGGGGAGCUCUUAAUAUCUGCAUUCACUUACAUUCCUUCAUUCGAUCUCUCAUGACAUUUAUAUUAUUUUUUUCUGCGAAGAGUAUAUUCAUUGUUAGGAAUUUUUGACUGCACGUCGAAAUAAAAGGUACACUUUCUAAAAAUAUAUGUAAAAUAUAUUUGUGUAUAAGGUCAUGUAAUUCUUUCUUCGUUAUGUAAUAAAAAUAUCAAUCUACUAACAA